UAUAAAUAGCACGUGUAAAGAAAGGUAGCAGAAUUUCGGUUUGUUACUCGUUUGUAAGAGUCUGUAUAUUCCUGAUUUGAUCGAAAAUUAAGAACGAACUUGAGAAGCUGUAUGGGCGAAGACAAGAAUUGGAAGGAAGGGACGAAAGAUUAAACCUUCACUAAAAGCGGAAAUGGAUCAAAAUGUGGGAGAAUUAGGUAAAAAUAUUUCAGUAGAAUUAGAUGAUAAACUUACGAAAGAAAAGAAAAGCCAAGAAGAAAGCAAAUUAUCCCUUACAGAAGUGGUGCAUAACGAAGCUGUCUGCAACGAUAUGCCAAGUUCUGGCUUAAAAAAGAAAUCAGAUAAACAUGAGAAAACAGAAGAAAAACCAGAAAUGGAUAUACAAUUAGACAACUUAAAUGCCAAGGAAAAAAGCGAUCAAGUCAUAACGAGCAACGCGAAGAGCCUCGGACAUACAGAUAAGAAAGACAAAAAAGAGAUACCAGAAAUAGAAUUACUAUCAGAGGUCUUAGAGCAGAUAUCUGGAGGUGAAAAGGGCAAGGAAGAUAAAGAUGAAAAUCGAAUUGUGAUGAGCAAGGAUACACCUGCUAAUGGUUUUGAUCAUACUAAGGAGUCUGGCGGUCACAGGAAAAGAAAAAAAGCAAAGAAGCAAGAGGAUAAGAAAGAUGAACAACAAGAAGAUAAGAAGAAUGAACAAAAAGAAGGAGAAAUAGCCGUUAAAGGAAGUAUACAUGAAAUACAGACUGGCGGGGAAGUUGUCUGUAUCGAUGUGCCAACAUGUGGGCCAAAGGAAGGGCCAGUUAAGCAUAAGAAAGCAAAAAAACUAGAGAAACAAAAACCUGAAGUUGAUAUGGCAAUAGAAAACAUAAAACAAGUGUCUGUGGGUGAACAAGGCGAUGCAAGUGAAAAUAACGAUCAAGUUACAACGAAUGAGGAUACAUCCACGAAGUCCGUUGAUCUUACUAAGGAGGCCGGUCAUCACAAGAAAGGGAAAAAGGCAAAGAAGAAGAAAGACGAGAAAAAGGACAAACAGGAAAGAGAAUUAUCGACUGACAAAAUUGAAGAUACGACAAAUACCGCACAUGAGACGGUGAGCAACGAUAUACCAACAUGUAACUUAGAAGAGAAGUCAUUUACGCAUAAGAAAGAAGAAAAACAGAAAUCAGAAUUGGACGUACCUCUAGAACGCGUUGAGAGAAUGUCUGGCGGUGAAAAAGGCGAGACAAAUGUUGUUGAUCAGGUUACAACGAACAAGGAUGCGACCUUUGGUAUUGAUGUGGAGUCUGGUCAUCAAAAGAAAAGAAAAAAGGCAAAGAAGAAGAAAGACGAGAAAGAGAACAAACAGGAAAGAGAAUUUUUGACUGACAAAAUUGAAGAUACGACAAAUACUGCACAUGAGAUGGUCAGCAACGAUAUACCAACAACAUGUAUCUUAGAAGAGAAGUCAUUUACGCAUAAGAAAGAAGAAAAACAGAUAUCAGAAUUGGACGUACCUUUAAAACGCGUCGGGAGAAUGUCUGGCGGUGAAAAAAGCGAGGCAAAUGUUGUUGAUCAGGUUACAACGAACAAGGAUGCGACCUUUGAUAUUAAUGUAGAGUCUGGUCAUCAAAAGAAAAGAAAAAAGGCAAAGAAGAAGAAAGACGAGAAAGAGAACAAACAGGAAAGAGAAUUAUCGACUGACAAAAUUGAAGAUACGACAAAUACUGCACAUGAGAUGGUCAGCAACGAUAUACCAACAACAUGUAUCUUAGAAGAGAAGUCAUUUACGCAUAAGAAAGAAGAAAAACAGAUAUCAGAAUUGGACGUACCUUUAAAACGCGUCGGGAGAAUGUCUGGCGGUGAAAAAAGCGAGGCAAAUGUUGUUGAUCAGGUUACAACGAACAAGGAUGCGACCUUUGAUAUUAAUGUAGAGUCUGGUCAUCAAAAGAAAAGAAAAAAGGCAAAGGAGAAGAAAGACGAGAAAAAGGACCAACAGGAAGGAGAAUUAUCGACUGACAAAAUUGAAGAUACGACAAAUACUGCACAUAAGACGGUCAGCAACGAUAUACCAACAACAACAACAUGUAACUUAGAAGAGAAGUCAUUUACGCAUAAGAAAAAAGAAAAACAGAAAUCAGAAUUGGACGUACCUUUAGAACGCGUUGAGAGAAUGUCUGGCGGUGAAAAAGGCGAGGCAAAUGUUGUUGAUCAGGUUACAACGAACAAGGAUGCGACCUUUGGUAUUGAUGUGGAGUCUGGUCAUCAAAAGAAAAGAAAAAAGGCAAAGAAGAAAAAAGACGAGAAAAAGGACAAACAGGAAGGAGAAUUAUCGACUGACAAAAUAAAAGAUAUGACAAAUACUGCACAUGAGACGGUCAGCAACGAUAUACCAACAACAUGUAACUUAGAAGAGAAGUCAUUUACGCAUAAGAAAAGAGAAGAAAAACAGAAACUAGGAGGGGACACACGGUUAGAAGCCGUAGAGCGAAUAUCUGAGAGCGAAAAAGGCGAGGCAAAUGAUGUUGAUCGUAUCAAAGCGAAUAAAGAUGCAUCUGGUGAUCACAGGAAAAGAAAAAAAUCAGGAAAACCAGAAAAGGAAAACGGCCAACAAGGAGAAAUAUUCGUUAAAGAAAUUUUAUAUGAAACUGGGGCUGCAGGGAGCGUGAUCUGCAACGAUAUGCCAUCAUGUGAAUUAGACGAAGGGUCAGUUAAGAAUAAGGAGAAGACAAAACAAAAGAAACAGAAAUCUGAAGCCGAUACGCCAUCAGAAAACGUGGAUCAAAUGCCUGACGGUGAAAAAGAUGGUGCCAUUGAGAAAAGAAACGAAGUUAAAUCGAACAAGGAUACAUCAGCAGAGAUUUCUGAUCUUAAUGAGAGUCAUCAUAAGAAAAGGAAAAAGGCAAAGAAGCAGAAAAAAGAGAAGAGAGACCAGCGGGAAGGAGAAUCCACCCUUGAGGAAAUUGGAAAUACAACAUAUACUGAAGAGGGAAAUGUCAGCAACGAUGUACCACCAUGCACCUUAGAAAAGAAGUCACUUACCAAAAAUACAAGUCAGAUGCUUGAAGGAGACAAAAGUAGACCGUUAAAAGUCACAAAGCUGGUGUCUAGUGGUGAAAAAGGUGAGGCGAGUGCAGACAUAACGUUAGAAGUCGCAAAUCGAACGUCUGGCGGUGGAUAUGAUGAAGGCGAUGAUCAAAUUACAGCGACCAAGGAUACAUCUAUGAAGAGCUUAAAUCGUAUGGAGGGGUCUGACAGUCACAGGAAAAGAAAGAAAGAAAAAAAGCAGGAAGAGAAGAAAAAACAGAAAGGAGAAAUAUCCGGUAAAGAAAUUCUACAUGCGAUAGUGACUCCAAGUGAAAUGGCCUGCAGCGAUGUAACACCGUGUGAUUUAGACGAAAAGACGGUUAAGCAUAAGAAAAAGAAAAAACAAAAGAGUCGGAAAUCUGAAGUGGAUCUGCCAUUAGACAACGUAGAUCCAGUAUCUGCAGGUAAAAAGGGUGAUGCAAGUGAAAAUAACGAUCAAGUUAAAACGAAUAAGGAUACGUCUACAAAGACCUUCGAUCUUCCCGAUGAGGCUGGUCGUCAUAGGAAAAGGAAAAAGGAGAAGAAGCAAACGGACGAGAAAAGGGAGAAGCUGGAAGGAAAUUUGUCGACUGACGGUGAAAAGAAAUCUCCCUCAUCAGAAGAGGUAAAAGUGAAAAGUGAAGGUGAUGAAAUGUCCCCUAGCAUUCUUGCCUCUAUUCAUGAUUCGGCUAGUGGACAAAAAACAAAAAAGAUGAAGAAACGAAAAUGUGAAAGUGAUAUAUUGCUUGAAGAAACUGAAAAUCAUGCUCAAAGCGAGGAGAGUCAUGAGAAAAAGAAGAAAAGAAAAAAAACGAAACACAAAGAUUCCCUUUCAGAAACCGUAAAGGGAAAAGUCGAAGGCAAAGAAGAAGACGAUAGAGAUGCACAGUGUGGUGUAACUGAGGAGUCGGGUAGUAAAGGAAAAACAGGAAGAGUUGAAAAACGGAAGCCUGAAACUGAAUUAUUGCCUGAAAAAUUAAUAGAAGAAGCUGAGGGCAAGUGUAGGCAAGCCAGUACUAAUGUCGAUGUUGAUAUUGUUAAUAGAGAUCUGAUCGGUAAAACCAGCAAUGCCGGGGCUCCGAUCGCUUGCGAUAAAACACCUCCGGGUGGUAGUGGUGUCACUGUUAGUGAUAACAAGAAAAAGAAAAAGCACAAGAAAAACAAACGUGAAAUUGAUGCGAGUCGUGUUAUCACUGAAGAAGGGGAGAAAAGCAAAAAACAGUCGCAUGAAAACCCUCAGGACCAAAUUCCCAUUGAACAAAGCAAAGUUAACGUGGAUUUAAAAGAUGGAAUGGCCACUGCUGUUUCUGCUAGUUGUGAGUUCUCUGAGCAAACUGAUAGUCACGAAAAAGACAAAAAGACGAAGAAACGGAAGCAUUCAGGCGAAGUUAUUUCUAAAAAUACUGAAGAAAAAACUGAAAUGAGUGACAGUCAAUGGGCAACUGCUGAGUUUUCCAAUGUUGAACGAAAGGAAAAAUUUCUUCGUCUAAUGGGAGCUUUCAAGCCGUCGUCAAAAGAACAAAAAACAACCUAUUCAACCAAGGCGAUGAACGAGCAACAACAAAAAGCAUUUGUUUCUUCUCUGGACGAACAGUUUUCAAGUGCUCUACAAAGGAGAAAAGAUAAAGGUGUUGGUUUAGGCUACCAUUGAAGAAAAGACUCGUUUAUUUUGGUUUUGACAGACAAGUGGGACAAGUGUUGACUAGGGAUGUGGAUUUUGUUGUUCAGGUUUUAUGCACUCUUAGGCCCUGUUUACACUAUACCGGAUUGCUUCCAGGGUGGGUCACAUUUUGUAGCUGUUAAAAGGCAGUGAAAAAUUUUACUUUUUCAGAGAAGUAUUUACUUCUCACCAUUGCCCUUUAAAGGCAAACGAAGAUAUCGUGACAAGCGAAUCCUGUACAGUGUAAACGAGGCCUUAGAAAUUUGUAAUGUAAAUUUUGGUCAGAGGAGAAUGCGUAUUGAUAAAAGUUACAUAGCGCCGUCGCUUUUGCGUUUGUUUACCCCUCGUUGACUUUGAAUCAGGCUUCCAGAAAGUUUUAAAGGAUUGACCGUUAUAUUCACUUUUCGGUGCGUCCUUACAACACGCCCUAAUUUGCAUUCUCGUUUGACCAGAGCUUAACACUACCGAGUUCCGUUUUUAAAAUUACGCGAUCAGCCCUAAAAUAGUUGAGCUGAAGUAUUUUUAUGUGAUUUGAAAGAAAUCCCGUAAGGUAUAGCAAAGCAUCCUGCAUAUAUCCCUUGAAUGUUGGCUUAACUGUGCGCCAAAGCCAUGCCAUGCUAUCCAAAAAAGUAAUUUGCGUAAACAUUGAAGUAGACUUACUAUAGGCUAGCUACUUUUCUUCGCUUGACGCGUAAUUUGAAAACGGAAGGUUGUUACGCGCAAAUUUCUAAAUGCUAAAUUGACGUUAAAUAUAUGUUAUGUUAGGGUUUUGAUAUUCACGGUUGC